AGCAGUGAAGGGAAUAAUCUGGGUCGCAGUCGUGACAGUAAUAGAGAGACAAGGCGCAUACACAGCCACCCAUAUUCUAAACUAUCACUCUCAUGCCGCCGUCCACGUCAUCGUCACUGCUGUCGUCCAAGAAACGUUCUGCACCUGAUUCUGACGCUGGGAACGCUAAAAAGGUUGUCAAAGUCCAUCCCUUCUUUACCAAAGACAGGUCCUCCGACGCGUCGACCAUCUCGAAACCGGAUUCUAUGUUUCAUUGGCUCAAGCCUCUAGGUUCUCGUGGAACGUGUCUCCAUGCAAUCAACCUGGCGCCGAAAAGCUUCGCCAAGGUCGCGACGUUUGACCUUGAUGGCACGCUCAUCAAGUCCAGCUUCGGCAAGGGUAGCAAAAGGGAGAAGGGAAAUCCGACACAUUUCGAAUGGUGGGAUGGUACGGUCCCUAAAGUUUUGAAAAGGUUGCACCAGGAUGGCUUUUCCAUCAUAAUAAUUUCCAACCAGGCUCUCAAGGGUGCUGCUCUUGCGACCUGGAAGCAGAAAAUACCGUCAAUAGCUGCCGCCCUUUCCGAAGUGCCAUUUCGAAUGUUGGCUGCCACUGCCAAGGAUGAAUACCGCAAGCCUAUGCCUGGGAUGUGGAAUGAGUUGACUGGAAUAUUUGAGGCCGAAGGCGUGUUCAUAGACAAGGAGAGCUCUUUCUUUGUAGGCGAUGCGGCUGGAAGAAAAUGGAAAGGCUCACAGAAGGAUUUUUCUUGUACUGAUCGCAAAUGGUCUCUCAACAUUGACCUUCCAUUCUACACCCCGGAGGAGUACUUCUUAGGACAGCCAGUACAUACUAAUUUUACCCUAGAUGGAUUUGACGUGUCAUCUCUACCAACCUUACCAAGUGUUUUGCCGACGUCCUCUCCAAUAUUGCCUGACCCUCCACUUCAAGAACUCGUGCUGUUCGUGGGCUAUCCAUGUCUAGGCAAAACCUCCUUCUUUCGUCGCUACUUUGAACCCGCUGGUUACAUCCACACAAACCAGGAUACUCUUGGAUCUCGUCCAAAAUGUAUCGCCGCAGUGAAAGCAGCCCUUGACGAAGGGAAGAGCUGUGUAGUUGACAACACUAACCGUGAUGUCAAGACAAGAAAAUAUUACAUAGACAUCGCAAAAGCAGCUAGAAUACCAGUCAGGUGCUUCUUGUUUACCGGAUCCGUACAGUUAGCCUGGCACAAUAAUCUAUAUCGUGCUUAUAAUCUCCCUCCGUCAGUGAAAGCUCGAGAUGAACCCCGAGAAGUUCUUCCGUACUUGGCUCUCACCAGCUUUCAUGACAAAUACGAAGUCCCUGACAAGGAAGAAGGCUUUGUCGAAAUCAAGACAGUUAACUGGCGUUUUGAAGGUACACAUGAAGAAGAGAAAUACUGGAAGAUGUGGCUACAAGUUUAAUGCUAAGCAACGUUAGACUUUUGUACAGUUAUCUGAUACACCAUGUCGUCCGUGAAGAUGUUAAGCAUCUACGUAGGCUUAGCUGUCUGUAUCCUCUUCUUAUCCGACUUUUUCUUUAUCUUGUGUUUGGCUUCCCAUCGCUCACGUGACCAACAGUGGGUAAAGUU